AUGGUGCGCCCUAAGGCAUCCGGCUCCAAGAAGCCAAAACGUACUAAUGGCGUCGACUUCAAGGUAUCAUAUAUUUUCCUCACGUUGUCCUUCCUCAUACUGCUUGCUUGUUUAUCGCUAUUGUUGCGCAUGCCACUUGUGGGUUUUUUGCUUUUCUUUCUGUUUUUUCCGACUUGUGGGAGCGCAAUGUAAUAUAACUAUCACUGCAGAAAAUUAAACGCAAGAUUGGCCGGAAGUUGCCUCCGCCAAAGAAUGCCACCAACACUCAAAUCAAAUCGAAGGGUAUGGAAACAGGAGAUCCUUUCCACAAAUAAUAGAGGGACAUCUAACAUUAGUUUUCUACUGUGCAUAGAAGAUUGUGAUAUUUGAUUCUACUUCUGUGCAGCAAUUGUUUUACCUGAGCAGAGCAUGGUAUCAGAGAGGACAGGCAUGGCCGUUAACAGCAGGGGCCUGACAUUGAAGGAGCUCCUUCAGCAGACAUCACAUCAUAAUGCAAAAACUCGUAAAGGUAGGAGACUAUGUCUAUUUCUCUCCAAAUGCUUUAUGUAAAUGACAUUUACAUACUUGCCGAAAGUUUAUUUUGCUCAAGGCUGAGAAUAUGUGUAUUGAGAAUGUGUCUGCUUACUUGUAAAAUUAGUGGUCAAUCUCAUUUUCUUGGUAUCGAAAUAUAUGAGUAGCGACACAGGCUGGGAAGACUUAAAAUGAGCCUAAAAUUACCUGAGAAUGUUCACACGAAGCAAUUUUCUGUUUGUUUGAGUUCAAGUUUUCUAUUGGAUGCUACAUAAUCUUUUCUGCAUUUUGAUGAGUGUACAUUUCCAGUGAGAUAUUCUUAGUUCGUAGUUUAUAGUUUAUAUUUUGAUCACUUUCAAAUGAUAGGAGAUGCAGAAUGGUCAGAUAUGACGUCGAUUUUUUCUAGGCUUAAGAGCGAGUUAUAAUGUUGGCAACUUUUUAUGCCGGCGUACUUAGAGUGGCAGCUUCCGAUCUAUACUUCACAUAUAUUUCCAAAUUUAUCCAAUCACAUAAACAUCUUCUUUAGGUACAUUUUUCCAUGUUUCAAAAAUCUAGAGUGGUCACUUCGAAUUAUUGUUCAUCCUGUAUUCAAAACUAUCUAUCACUUCACAUGGAAAGUAAGCAAUUGCCGUAGCAGAGGGUUCUCUUUGUUAUUCAUUUGCUGUUGUUGUCAUAAUCCUGUAAAAGAUAUUCGUGAGUAGCAAUUAGAAGUAAAGAGUUUGGGGAGGCCUGAAAGAGGGAUAAAAUUAUUUGGUAGCUUGAUUAUAUAAAGAAGCAUGCAGAGGGCACAACUAGGUUGAUUAGACAUCAAUAAAAAAUUAGACAACUGUAAACAUUCAAUUAUGAAACAGGUCGGAAUAAUUGAUAAUAGAAUUUUGACCAUGUUUAUUGUGGGUGUAAGUGGAGAAUGUGACGGUCUUAUAGAUGUAAAAUCAGGAUAAGAAAAAGAAUCUUCAUCCUGUAAACACCUUUGCAGUACACGUUAGGCAGUAAAGGGAACGAAAUGAUUCUUCUUGGAAGAAAUGGGUGGGCUAAUGUGUAGUCGAUCUCAAAUUGUUCAUAAAUGUGAACUGGUUAUAGUGUCAAUGGGGAUUUUGGUUUGAUAAGUCAUAUCUUAAAUAACACCUGUCAGGAUUUUCUUGCCUCAAUCUGAAGGCAUCGCAACAUAUAUAUCAACGAUUCCACAAAAGGAGAUCAAAUUGGAUCAAUCCCUGGAGGCUUAGGCAUAGGCAGAGAAAGCAGAAGCAUAGGGGGAGGUUUUCUCAGGAGCAAAGAGGUGAUAAAAUGAGGGAUGCAUCUUCUCUUGAACUACUUGAGAGCUAGAAGAUUGGGAUAUCCCAACCUCAUGUUCUAAAUUCGUGCAUGUCAAACUUCAUCGUAAAAUGGGGAGUGAGGUUGGAAGUGCAUUAAUGGAGUUUGUGAUCUCGAUUAUAAUUUUGGUUCGAUAAACAUAUUUUCCAAAUAAUAGAAGAACAUUGGUACUGUCCACUUUCGAGAGACGGUAGAGGAACAUUUAUAACUUGGAAUGUGGUCAAAAUAAGGGCUAUUUUUUUUUUCCUGGUAAACAAAACUGAUAAUUUAUCUUGUGGAAUUAUAUGAUAGUUCCAUGACGAGCUUAUUUCGGUUCAUAGCAUUUUUAUUUGACAGUUUGUUCAAACACGAACGUCAAAUAAAACUACCGGAGGAAGAGAUGAAGUUCAGUGCCAGAAAAGCAGUAAUAUUGAAGUUAUAUAAAGGAAAAUUGUGGAGGAAGGGAAUUGCUUUUUUUAUUUUUACGUUUUGGAAAGUUGAAUACUCACUUAUUAUCAAAUAACGAAAGGACAGUAUGCUGAAGGGUGCCAUGACUGUCUAGGCCAUACUGAGGUUGACAUCCCCAAAAUCUCGUGCCUUCCCUAGUUUCAAAAAUCUCACCUAGCCUUCGUUUCUUGUAACCAAAUAUUUUACCCGAGAUUUCUUUUGAAUUUGACCUCCUCACUCCUCUCCUAUCUUAUGAUUAAAAGGACGUGCAGUAAAGAUGCUAGGAUUUUACGCUACCUUGAAAGGAAGUUGAAACUAUUUAUUAGAAAUUGAGUUCCCUCACUACUGUCCUUUGAAAAUAAAGCUUUUUUGUUAAUUAUCUCAUGAGUCCUUAAGCUGGCUACCACAGGAUUUGAAGCAUGCAGAGUGUUCUUCCACUUUAAGGAGAUAUUAUUGAUGCUAUCAGACAUUGUAUGCUUCUUCUAUACUACUUCUGUUUAAGUACUUUCAAUUGAAGUUCUAGAUCCUCGAUCCUGGUUUUUGGGACCACUAAGUAAACCUAAGUUUAAGGCUCUUAGAAAUACCAGGAUGAAAAACUAAUAGAGAGAUGGUAACAUAUGACAAAACAUAAUGACAGUUGAGAAAGGUUAUCCUAAGGGAGAAAAAGUAUCCAUAAAAAUACAAAAAAAAGGUUAUCUUGAAGGUAUUUGAGAAAUGGGAACAAAAUAAAGAAGGCGUUUUAUCUCAUUAGUUGAUGACGAGGAGCUAAAAAAAGAUGGCGGUAAAGAAAAUUUUUAGAUUUGAUAAGAUAAUGGUAGAAAAGGGGCCAGAUUUGGAUGUAGGUGUGUUAAAGUGGCAAUUAGAGACUUCUAAAGAAACGCAAGGAAGGUAAAGAGAGAGGGGAAAAAAAAACCUGAAGUUAUUCUGAUAAAGUUUGAUGGAUGCAAGGGUAUUGUGGCUUGCUGCUGAAUCGAAAGGACGCCCAAAAAGCAGUGGGACAAUUAAAGUGGGAAGAAAAAAGACAGACUGCAUCCCUAAUUAAAUGUGGAGACAGGUAGGGUGUGGUCUGUUAACACAAUAGUUCUUUUAUAUUAAUGGACAAUUAGUUUUUGGUGACGAAACUGUUUGGGCAGGGGUGAAUAAUCAUUAUUUUCAAAAGCCUUCCAAAUGAUAUUUGCCUACUUAUGGAUAUAAGAUGAAAUUUUUUGAGGAACCUAUUUUUAAUGUUAGAAUAACGUAGUAGAAUAAAGCUUACGUAGGGCUCCAUUUCUCCCAUGAGAUCUUUUAAGAGAUUUGGAUUUCUUGCUUUCUCAGAGCUUUUCUAACACCCUAGUCUUCUUUUAGCAUUGUGACCUAAACUUGUGAUGCCUGUAUCCUUUGCCAUCUAUUUCCUGAAAAGUGUAGUCAGGGCGUAUUUAUGAAGGUCUGUUGUACCAGCCAACCUUGAUUCUUGCCUUCUGAUUCAUACUGGAAUUGAAGGUCUGUAAUUUACUUCCAUGUUGGAAACUCAACAAUGAAAUAGAGUGAACCAAGUUAAAAUUGUUAUAAGUCGCCUGGAAUGAGCAUUUUUUGGGUUGGGCUAUGCCUUUUGGAUUCUUCUUCAGUUAGAUGAAUAGUGUAAAAGGAAACAAAGAAGACGGGGGACAGUAAUGUUGCAGGCUGCAAAGAGAAGAUAAUUAGAUGAGAAAGAGGGUUGAAGAGUGAAUUGCAUAGAGAAACGACAAGAGUACCGGCGUGGCAGGCCUUGCCAUUGUGUGCUGGUGUCCAGCACUGCCCCUUGCCACGUCGGGUUGGUGAGUUCACAUUAUUUUUUAAGACACAGUUACAUUAUCUCGAGGUCUCUUUUUUCGUAGUUUACAUGAUCUAAAAUGUUUACUCUUAGGUCUACCUCUCUUAAUAUGAAAGACCAGACGCAAAAUUCAAAUUGCAAUUGCAAUAAUCAGCAUAAUGGUGAAAAGGGGCUUACUGUGACUUGCUCUUAAUUUUUUCCCAGACAGUAUCUAAUGUGUAGAAGCACUGGCUUCAAGUCCCUCUUAGUCACAUUAAUUUAGUUUUACAGAUUUUGAUUUCAGACAUUUCUUUGCAGAUUAUAAGGUGGGGCCUUCGGAUCCUUUAUGAUGGUGAUUGUUGUAGAGAGUAUUUUGUGGGCUUAGUGUGCGAAUUCUCGUAACUUGUUGAACAGUUUUUUAUUUAAAGGAAGGAUGGUAGUAAGAUGUUGAAAUUUCGUUUUCCUAAAGAUGUUCUUUUCAAAGAAGAGUCUUUCAUAACUUACAAAUAAAAUCAAGCUUUCUUUUAUUCAUAGGUUUGGGAUGUACGUCUUAUAUCUUAUGAUUUAUAUAAGUGAUAUAAGAUGGAUAUUUGCUUUCAUUAUUGGUGACAGUUUAUCUUUUAUUACUUGCUUCUCGAGUGGAGGAGAAUUUUUAUAUCUCCUGGUGGCGUUUGCCUUCUAUCUGUGAAGUUCUCUGUUUAGUUGCUACUUUCGUAUAAACUUUUCAAUUUUCAUGUUGCUGCCAACGAAUUUUUUGCAAUCUGAAUGCAGUAUGCUCUCUUUUGCCUCUCUUCUCUUUUGCAAUCUGAAUGCAGUAUGCUCAUUAUAUCUUGACAUAUCAGAGGUUCUUUUUUUUGAUGGACGAUGUUAAAUUUUGACCUACAUUGUCUUUUACUUUGGUGAAGUUGCUUUGACUGGCACACGGGAUCUGCUUAUCAAACAUCCAUCCGAGCUUAAACUGCACAAGGUUGCGGUAAUUGAGAAGCUACGGGAGCGUAUCUGUGACAGUGACAAGGCAGUCCGUGAAGUGCUGUAUAACGUUUUGAAAACAGUGAUAUUCCCUCACAUCAAGGAGGUAUGUCUCAAUCUUGACUUCAUCAUCGUAAUCGUAUUAAUUAUGGUGCAUGCCAUUUCUUAGUGCCAACAAUCUGUAGUUGGCAAGAUUCUAUCAAGGAUCUGAAUCUUAUAAGCGUUCCAAUUGCCUGUCCUACCUGAGUUCGUCUCUGUUAGGUUGCAUGCAAUUUUGGUAGCCUUGGAUAUUAAAUGAUUGGUGAAAUGUAUCCUUGUGUAGUCUAAGUUGGUGCAUCUAGGGGGCGAAGCAUAAUAGUUACCUAGUCUUUCGGAAGUGUCCACCAUUGAGAGAAGUGGGCAAGUUUGAUACGUGGAUCAUUUGAUGGACAUGAAUUUUCUGAAGGAAAAUUAUUGAUCAAAAGGUGAACGGAAAUAAGCUCCCCAAUUUGUAGCAAUUAGAAUCCAUGUGACAAGGGCUAGAAUUUAAGUGGAUUGAUGCGUGAGGAUAACCCUGUCACUUCAGACAGCAUAUUUUAAAGUCAUCUAAAUCAUUUGAUUUCUAAAAUUAUAGAAGGGAUUAUUAUCUUCUGGAAAAGUUGUCCCAAUUUCAUAAAGUGCUUUGACGUCCUUAACUAAUACUUUUUUAGGCAGGAUUUGAUUCUGAUCAUUCAUACCUAGUGUUAUCUUGUUUAUUUGUACUUGAUAUGUCCAUGCCACGAUGUCCUUUCUUUGGCUCCAUCUAAUAUGGUUGCUAUGUAUAUUUAGUAAAAUGUGGUUUACCACAUUAGACAACAAAUAUUCUUUCUUCUUUGCUCAUGUAAACUGUUAGUACUAAAUUCUCAUGAGUCUGUCAAAUAUAUUUUUUGUAAAGAUGUUUUCUGAGUAUUUUAUUCAGUGAUGUUUGUCAGCUGCAUUUAUACACUAGUCCUACGUAUCCUUCUGUUUUGAUUUAUGCUUGGAACAGUUUUCUUUUUCUUAUUUCUGCGAGUGGGUUUUUGCAUUUUAACUACUAAUAUUAAUUAUUUUCCUCAGGAAAUUACAGCCCCAGUUAUUUCCUUGAUGAUGGCCUAUGUGUUUAAUGCCAUGACACAUUUGGCAAUUGACAUUCGAGUAAUGGGCUUCAAAUUUUUUCAUCUCAUUGUGCUGAGCCACCCAUCAUCCUUUUUGCUCUAUGCUGAAAAGGUUGUUCUAAACAUUCCCUGAAUAUUUAUAUUUUUAUGAGAAUUGUCCUCUUGUGCUAAUUUCUGCUCUGCUGUUUUAUCACUAUGCUGCUAUGCUAUUUUUUUGUCCACAAGCCCAUGCAAUAGUACUUUGAUUUACCUAUUUUCGUGUGCAUCUGUUGGGCAUUUUUCUUUCCCAUGCCCUUUUUAUAUUUGUAUGAUUGAUGAAACUUUCAUUACGCCUCAAUGCAGCCCUGCUUCAUCUGGUCCUUUAAGCAUAAACAUCUAGAAAUUAUGCCUUAGAUGGAAGUUUUCUGUUUCACUGCGUUAAUAUUACUUUCCUUCUUAGUCAAAUGGUGGUAUUGAUAGUAUUUUCUAUUGAAGUGUCUGUGUUUGGAAAAUGGGCUGGUUUAUGUGCUAAGGUUAAGCCAAGGGCUUAGGAUUCAAGAUAAAGAUUCCUUCUCCUUCAGUGAAGAUGCAUUAAUCGCAAAGGUGAAUUCCUAUAUUUUGAAAGUUUGGGGAUGUAGGGCAUUUUUUUCCCAAUGUAAACUACUUUGGCAUUUGACCCACCGUUGGAAUGGAUAGUCCACAUCUGUUUUAUGAGUUUUUGGCUCUCUUUUUUUUGUGUUUUUCUCUGACCUUCUGCUAAAAAUUAUUAGAAGGUAGAGACUUGCCGCCCAUGUUUUUCUUUAAGUAGAAGUUGAGGCUCCGUGGAUUUAAAAAAUGAAACAAAAUUAGGAAUAAGUAAAUUGAUUUUUUCAUUCUCUCUUAUUUUUCUUAGAAUGAGGUACUGUUAGUUCUGAUAUGAGUACGAAUAAGAAAACUACCUGGUUUGCUUAUUAUGUAGAUUUAACAUAGUGUCAACAGAAUCUUAUCAGAAAAAAAUGUGCUCAGUGCAAGUAACGCAUAGGAAAAUCUUAAAGAACUCAUAUUUUCGGGUGAUUAGUGUCUCCUUAUGGUUUUCUUUGAUCUUGUUACCACAUAACAAAAACAUAAUCUGCAGCUCUUUUAAGUUUCUUAUUUUUGUUGAUACUGUGUUUGGACUUCUCUUUUCUGGGAAUUAUCUUGUUUUUCUCCUGUUAAUGAAGUAGAUGUACCUUUUGUCAUUCUGUUAGAUUUGUGUAAUUUAGACACAAAUAUAUGGAUAAAUAAGCAAAAUGUUCAUCAUCAGUGCUUUUUGCUGGUUCUGGCGCAUGAAUAUUUAAUUUACUGAUGCUUUUUACUUUUUUCAGGUUCUGGAUUGCUAUAGUGAUAUUAUGAGAAACAAGCAGCUCUACCUGGAAGAUAAGAGCAAAAUCAAAGAUGUGCUUGAUGGGCUUCUUCACUGCCUCUCUUCUUUUGCUUUCAGCGAGAAGAAAUUUGAUUCACAGAAUGAAGUAUAAACUUCUGUCUGUAUCAGCUUUUUUAAUUCUUCUUUCUGAAUAUGCAACUUGGGAGGCACAUUCGUUAUAAGAAUUCUCUUUCUAACUCUUGGUCUUGCUAAUAUUUGGCAUUUGGAUUGUUUUUUUCUGUCAUCUAACCAUCUAAACCAAAGAAUGAAGUUGUGGCCUCUCAGAAAUAUUUGCCAAAUAUGCCCACUUGAUUCUGUAGGAAAGUUUGAAAUGGGUAGGACCUUUGCUAUACGAUGAUGAUUAAAAUUACGGGAUGACUGGAGAAUGGUGUUCUGUGAGGACUAGCUUUGCUUGACUAUCAGCAAUUCUCGAUAGGGAGUGCUUAUAAUUAGUUUGUAUUUACAGAUGGUGGGUUAAGAAGAGUAAUGCAAGUGACAUUUAUCUAAAACACAGCUUUGGGGAGUUAUGCAGCUUUCAUAUUUUAAAAUCCUACUGUACCAAAACUUGAUCAAAUCACUUUAUGAGGGGAUAAUGACUAUCUGAUUGGUAUGAAAACAGAUGAUUCGAGAUAUUUUUUCUAUAAUAAAUCGUUGUCUCAACUUGUGCAGAAGUUUGACACUAGCUUAUGAAUAAAAUCUACGAAGGAGUACUUUUUUCUCUCAAUUUUGGGAUGUCAGAAAAGGAACUUUUUGGUGCAUGUUGUUUAUUCUGAACAUCAGGCACUCACGAUGCUCGUGAAACUAUUGCAUAUUCAUAACACCUCUAAAUUCCAUGGUUUCGUGAACCCUGGGUUGCUGACAAAUCAUCUCAACUUCAAUUAGUUUUUAUUGUUAGUGACCUGUUCGGAAAGUGGCCUUUUGCCAGUACUGUUAGACUAGUCAUAAGCUUGAAUCAUGCAAUGAUGUGUGAAGGCCAAUACCACGACGUCAUAAGUUUUUCUAAUUCAAUCUAUAGUUUUCAUCACAUCUGUUCUUGUCCCAGUCACUUUAGUCAAUUAAUUAAGGCUUAUCCUUUUUUUUGGGAAAAACAAAAUGGCAUUACUGUUGUUUCAUUCUAGAUAUGCAAGAAAUAGGUGUGUAAUAUUGGGCCUCCGAGGUACAGGAGAGGUGACUCUAUGGAGAUAGGUUCACCUUGAAUGAUUGGUAGCUGGAUACCAUGGUGAAAGGUCCUGUGUCUUUUUGAACCAACUCGUCUGGCAUUUAUAGCAAAUCACUUUAGAAGGCUUGGAAAAUAGUAGGAUAUUAUUGGACGAUUUAUUGUCGCAUAUAUAAAUGGCAUUUAUUUAACUUGAGUCCAUGACACUAGCAAAGUGCAGUCCACAAAGUUCGAAGCUGGGGGAAGUAAUACUAGGAGGUGGGGUUAUAAGCUAUAACAGUGAAGAACUCCACAAAAGGAUAAGAGCCAUGUUGCUGCAAACUUGUUACCCUAACUUGGCACGUGUAUUCUAUCAUAAUUCUUGCCCAAAUUGGAACUUUGUGAUUUCCGCAGGUUAGCUGCGAAAAUAGAGCUGUUAACAAUAUCCUGAUCACUCCCAAAUGCUUCUUGAAGUUUUCUUUCCUCUAUUUUCGACCUUGUGGUUCAGAGUGUUUUUGGCAGAGUAAGUUUCAGCAAUCUAAUUAUAUAAACGUCAGGAACGGUUUCUCCAUUCAAUCUGUUUGGGCUAUAUUGACUCCGCAUGGGAAUUUCAUGAAAUGAUUUAUUCUGACAGAGUCCACAAAUUAGGGACUCACUGUUUCAAAAUAAACUGAACAGUGAAGAUAGUCAUCACUGACAUCAGCUUGGAAUCAAACAGUGAAGAUAAUCUGACCUGUUGGUAUUUUUAUUUAACGAAUUUAAAGAGAAUGACAUUUUGCUGUACUUCACAUUUCCACCAAAUUAUGUAUCCUCUUACUUCUAAGUGUUAACAAAGAAUGCCACUUAGAGACACUCUUUAAGAAUCCAUCUUCCUAUUAUUCUGUCAAAUCCCAGAAAUGCUCGAUCGACCUUCUCCAAUCUUGAGAGACGGCGACAGGAAAAGAGGAUGAACGGAAGAGGAGGAUAGAAGAACAUCUGUGGCCCCAAAACUUUGUUUUCUCGAUCAUGAUUAGGGUUUACUACGGGGCUGGUAUUUAUGCGAGCCCGUACAAGGCUGAACCGGACCGGUCCAGGUCGGGUCGGUCUAGUUCGUAAGAACGAGGACAUAAAGGAAAAAAUAGAAGAAAGAAAAGAUACAUGAACCGAGGUAAACAAAUAUAUCAUAUAUUGACUCUAUCCAAUGAAACACUUGAAUUUGUAUCAGGGUUGAGUUUCUAUGGUUUCAUUAAUUCCUUUAUUUUCUCCAUCAGUAGGUGCUCUUCUUAUUUCAAACUUUGUGCGGCUUCAAACUUAAAACUCCUAGGAAUUUCAACAGUAUAUAUUUCUGUAUAUACAAACGCAAUAUUCUAUGCAUGUCUUUAACGAACUUGUAGGUCCGAAAUCAGGUGUAUUCCAUUAUUCGUGAGAUCACAUGAAUCCGAUUGAAAUACAUCAUAAAAAAUACGGGUUUUGUAUAUUUUACCACAACAAAUCAGGUUGUCUACAUUUUUUUCUUGUUUUUGACAUACACCAUUGAAUAACUUGAAUUAUCUAUGAUCUUUUAUUCAUAAGAUUUUGAAAAAUUAUGUCACAUCUGCUUUACAAAAACAAAAGCAAUAAAGAAACAUUCUCAUUCCUUUUAUCAUUGUGACAGGAAAAUGCCACGUGGAGGCCUUUGCAUGCUUUUGGUGUUGAGAUGCCCGAUGAACACACAGGUUGGUGCAAUACUGUAUCCAUCUAUGGACUUUGUAAGCUAAUUUCAAGUACUUUGGUUGUAUUAAUUCUAUUCGUAGUCCUUUAACGUACAAGCUUAAAACAUAACAAGUCUGUGAUUUACAAGUUUAUAUCAGCAUAUUGUUUGUUUGAUCUAUAUGACAUCUAUAUUCAGUCUUUGCGUAGGUUUUGAAUUCCCUUUUGAAAUGUUUUUGGAUAUUGAUCAAUGAAACAUGUCUGCAAUGGACAUGCUCUUUCUCAUUGUCAUCAUUUAAUGGUUUCAUUAACCUGUAGGUUGGUUGGUAAUUUAUUUCCUUUUCAGAGAUCUUUCCCUUGGACAGGGUUGUGUGCAGCCAAGAAAAGCUGUUUUAUGACCUGUACACAUCCCAUUGUGUUUUAUUUAUAGGAGUUGAAACCAUCAUUAGGCAAACUACAUUGUUAAAAUGGGGUAAUUAAUGACCAAAUGACAAAAAAAUGAAAAACUACAGGACCUGGACUAUUGUUUUAUGAUCUGCGCACAACCCAUUGUGUCGGAUUUAUAAGGCACGAAGCCAUCAUUAGGCAAAUUACAUGUUAAACUGGGGCCUUUAAUGAACAAAUGAUGAAAAGAUGAAGAACUACAAGGAACUACAGGGACCUGCUACAUUCAUACUGCGUUGAAUCCUGAGUAGCAUCUGGAUAUCUCAACAAACUAAUUUUGGCAAUGAUGCUUGUUUUUGAAUAUUUUUCAGGCCUUGAUAGAUUGAGAGCCUUUACUCAGUAAAUCAGAUUGAUAGCCUAGCAUUCAUAGGCUCGUUUUUUUCGAAGUCUGUAUAUGAUGCUUUAGAAGUGUGAGCACUAAAUUUUUAAUCCUUUGGAAGAACACUAGGUCUGAGGCGAUUUCGUUCUGCUGUGUCUUCUAAUUUUAAUGUCUUACACUAAAAUGACACAUGUUUUGUUCUAUGUCAGAUGGUCAUAUAGUUUAUUUCAUCUUAAUCUAAAACUGGACAAUUUAAUCUGUGCGCUUUUUGCGGUUGAUGUUUUAUCGUCACUGUGACCAAAGACGCCAACCCAAGUUCUUAAUCUAUUUCAAAUCUCUACUGAUGCAUUUUUGAGUAGUUCCUUAUUUUAUGUAGUGUUUAACAUGUGCUGCCUGUAAAUUUCAUCAUGGCAUAGGCAGGUUUUCAUUCUUAUUAAAAGGCCAUGCUCUAACACAUUUCUCCCUCCAUUAUCUCAAUCUUAGGUCUUUCUUCAAUUAGGAACAAACUCGAAGCACUACUGUCACUUCUCAUCCACUGUUUCCAAGAGUUCAUCGCUACCGUUCAUGCAACAAGCAUGAUCGAUGCACUAUCAUUUACAUGUAUGUCGUCUAUACUUCAGAUUAUCAAUUUGCUAGUCAAAGUUUCCUUUUCUCAGAGGGAUCAGCAGGCCAGAAGCUUUGGGUUGUCUAUUCCACCAAUUAUCAAAGACCACCAUGCGGGUAAUCAUAGUGCACAUAUUUCCUUGAAGAAAUUAUGGGAAGUUUUUCCUAUUAGUUCAGUGCAUCAGUCUUUAGAGAAGGUUAGUUCUCUGAUUAUUUUUAUUUUGACGAUUCGAGGUCAUUUUUAAAGAAGAUUAAGAGAUAUAUAUCAGUAUUGUUUUUAAUCAUUUUGAAGACUGUUAAUGUAAGUGGCCUUUUGAGUUCCGUCUAAUGAGUGCUUUGGAUAUAUACUGCUUUUUUUCUAUGUAGCAGCCACAUCCUAAUUUUUGACGAGCCAAUUGAACAAUUGUUCUGAUUUCUUCUUUAAUGUGUAUAAUCUCUCUGGAGCUUCACAUCAGAUUCAUUAUUCUAAUUGGAACUGAGACUACUGGCGUUCUGGCCUUCACUUUUUUCUGCUGCCAUCCUCUUCUGUUUGUAAUUGACAGAACUGAACAAGCCUUGUAUUUAUUGUAAUGAAUUUCUAUAUUUAUACCUGUAUCAUUGGGACAUUGGAACACAUCAUGCUUGGAGAUUCUGUGAGCAAUCCAAGCCUUCCACUUGUCAAAAGAUAAGCUUGCGGUAAAUCCUCGUCCAUUAAAUACCUUUAAAUUGUCAAGUAAUAAUUAUAAGCCGUCUCCAAAUUCUUGGCAUUGUCCUGGAUCCUUCGACCUAAUAUCUGGAAAAUUGGACCAUGGUGUUUUACAUCUUAGAGAUAUGGAAGCUUUUCAUAACUGUGUAUUGUGUAGAAUCUAGGGCAAGGAAAUGGAGGGUUAACUCUGGUAGUUGCAUGGUGGCAAAAUUCUCCAAAAUGUUGGAGAUGGAUGCAUAUUUCUUAGGCAAUCCCUCAUGUUCGAUGGACUUUGCUUAUUUUUGGAAUUUUUUUGGGACUACACUCUGGUUGUGAUGCCUUAGCUUCUUUCGUGAAUGGAAAGAGUCUUGAUUUCAGAGAUACCUUUCUUUGCCUAUUCCAUCACUAGUAGAAUGCAACUCGGGUAGCUUCAGUUAGAUGUCUAGGCCGGCAUCUAUAGUGCCACUUGUAUUUUUUGUCUGUCAGAAUGCGGAGACUGCUCAGGAUUAGGAGAAAAACAAAUAUUGUAGAAACCUGUAGAAAACCCGAUUAGAAACCAUAUCAACCGAUACGAAGCCUAAUAAUGCCUACUUCUCAAUAUUAGCAUUCCAUUCAUCAUGAUUCCUCCCCUGUAAAAAGAUCUUUGACUGAACAACGUGAAGAACGUAAUCUUUUCUAGGUCCAAUCUGCAGGACCCGAAUGAAGUAUAAUUGUCAGCCUCCUAAGCGGAAAAUUCUAAUGCCUCAUCACCUGGAUGAUUAUAGGGCUUUCUUGAAUUUAUAUCAAUAGGAAUCUUUUUUGGACAUAUGUGCGUGUCUAUAUUGAUACUUUUCGAAUGUCAUUUAUGUUUUUGUCCUUUGUGGUACUGUCGAAUUAGAUGUCUGUGUCGUUUCUAUUAUGCUGAACUAUUGACAUGAUGCUGAAUCUGUUGAUCUUUUAUGAAUUGCCACCAGAUGUUGCAGUCUAACUGAUACCGUUAUGUAAUGUUUUUCAGGGAGAUAACAGAUAUUUCAUCUUGAACAUUAUGCUUGCUCAGAUUUUUUUUCAUCUCCCUAAAAUAAUGGAUGAUACCACAUUUUUGAAGGAGAAGUUUCUUGAAUUCAUAGAAAGGCCUCUUUGUUGUCAGGUACCUCCAUGUGCUGUAUUUUUUCCUUGUCUUAGGAAUCUCGUGUAGUUUGGGAUUGUAACCGCGCAGAACAGUUCUAAAUGCAUAACAAUAUGCUAUCUUUUCUGUCUCGCUGCAUAGCGUAUGUGCAUCUGUACUUCUCAUCAUUAUGGUUACCAAUGCCUUGCUUACUUUGUUUACCAAGCCUAUGUAUUGUUCACUUGUAAUUGGUUUCCUUGGCUGGUAUUGUAGACUCUAUAACGAGACGUAGAGGUGGCAGUGGCAAUUACAGACACUAGGAGAGGUCGCUGUUCUUGUUCAAUUCUUGCAGGCAUCAGCACUCCUUUUAUCACUCUAGUUAGGGAACCCACUUAGCACUACAUAAAGAGAAAAAUGCUCAUGACGUAAGUCCCAACCGAGGUUGUCCUGUGAGAGCGCUGUUUGACGUAAGAGAUUUUAAGUGGGGACUAAAAUGGCCUCUGCCCUCGUCAUUUUUCUUUCUACACUCCCCCUGAAGCAGAAUCUCUAUUAUUUUUGGCUUGCUCCUUGAAGAUUUGAAAAUUCCUUCCCCAUACCCUUGGUGAAAACAUCAGCCUUAUCAUCCUUGAUUGAACAUUAAAUCAACUACCCUGUGCCCAGAUUUUCUUGAAUGAAAUACUUGUCCAUCCUCUUAUGUUUUGUAUGAUUAUGUUACACUGGUCUUUGGCUCAGCUGACUGCAGCUAUACUGUCACGACAUAGACCCAUUUGUAGUUUUACUGUCAUUACAAUAUCCUUCAGGAAGAUCUUUAACCAAAGUGUUGCAAAUUUCUACUUCGAUGUAGAAGUAGGUAGAUACAUUCAAGAUAUGUUCCUUCAGAUAAGCAAUAUGCUUCUGGGAAAUUCAGUGCGAGAAAAAGGAAAAAAGCAUAUGGAGUGUCUUCCUCAUUAUGUCAAAAUACUUGCUGAAAUGCUCUUCCUAGGUGGGAGAUUUCUACAAAAUGAUCCAGAAGACUGACUAAAACCAAGAGCAGCAUCAAAGCGCAGGGAAUUAUCUUGGGAGCUUGCUCCAGCAAAUGAGGGAGAAUAUUACUUUAUGAAUGUUGAUUGCAAGGAAUUUUUUUUCAGAAAUUCAUGCCAGGUGUUUUUGUCUUGUGAACAUUUCUACUUAGUUACAGCGUAAAUACUAGGUCAAGGGGACUAGCUUAAUAACCCAGGUUUUGUCCGUUGUAAGGUUUUAACUGGCGAGUCGGGCCUUUUUGAUUGCGGAUCAGAUUUUCACACCAGUGAACUCUUCAAGCUUAUUGUGGUGGAAUAAACUGACUAUGCAGAUUGAUUGGGUACUCUGUGCCAUUUAAUACAUGUGAUGGUCAACUUGAAAGUGUUCGAGUAACUCGACACAGCUUAGAAGACCUUGUCUAGCUUUUGAUUACUAUCAAAUAUAGAUGGUUAAUCAGUAAAACAGGUGCUGAAUAUCGUGGGUAUCAGGUUUUGAGGACCAAUCUGAAACUUAGAAACAAUUUUUUUUCCCACUUGCCAUAACUUUUUCUAAAUCUACCUAAAUAACUGAUCAAUAGGUCUGAUGUUUGAACAAGCUGGAAAGUUUCUCAGCUCAAAAUUUCUUCUCCUUGCAUUAUGGAGGCUGCAUAUGUAGGUGACUUCCAGUAGAUUUUGAAGCUUUAUUAACAAAUAAUAUUUUUCAGACGGAAAAUAAAUAAAAUACUCAAUCAGAGUUUGCAUACAAAAACAGAUAAAUCUGAAUGCCUGCUUCUAGUCAGUUCAUUUCAAUUGGGUCUUGGGUUAAGGGAGCUUAUGCUUUCACAUCCUGUAAGGUGGCAGCAGCAGCAGAGCAGUCAAUGCAGGCAGAAGUGGAGAGAAAAUAUGGGUGGAUAUGUCAUGGAAGAAGAUGGCAGUACGUGCCAGAUAUCCCUCAUCUGGUUUUUUUUUCCCCUCCACCUUUGACUCUCUGUUUUCUUUCUUCUUCUAGUUUCCUUCAUUUUCCCUACUUACGAACAUUAGCUCAAGCAGCUAUAGUGGGUCACUGGUUUCAGCCACAUUGUGUUUGGAAUCUGAGCGGGAGGAAGAAAGGAGAGAGGAAAAGAGGGAGAUGCCGUGGCAAAGUGUGACCAGGGGACAUAGAAAGGGAAGGACGAGGAAAGAAGGGAGAGUGAGGAAUAAAUGAAUGAAGAUGGGAGAUUAAAGGAGGAAGGAGGCUGCUGUCUCUAGACAUGGAAAACCGAGGACGAACAGGAGAAUAUUGUUGCUAUUACCCAAUUCAGGAUUUUGGCAACUAGUUGUAUCUGGAUUGGCCAGGUCAAGAUGUGUAAACUCAGGUUUAUUUGGGUAGCAUUAUUUAUGAUCUAUGCAGUCACAUAAACACACGAGCUUUUUUUAGUCAUAUGGUAAGUAAGUGAAUUUAUUGAUAAAAUAACAUGGUGGGAAACAGAUAGAUGAAUAUAUGAAUGCAUCGCUAUGCCAAGUUAUUCCAUAAUCAUGGUGUCCUCUUUUUUAUUUUUUUCCCUCAUGCAUUCCAUUUGUUGCAUUGGUGUGCAGAGGACUAGAAACGUAAUCAGUUUAUUUUUGCAGGUUAGUGGCAAUGCAGAGUCCGGUGGGGUGAUCCAAGAAAAGUACAUAAUUUCUCUGAUCGAAUUCAUUCCUGGUCUGGUGUCACAAAUGAUGGGAUACUGGAAAGCUCGUCUUCUACAGGUUUUUAAUGUGCUUUAUCAAUUCACUAAAUCCUGUGUUUUCUUUUAUUUCCUGAGAGUUGAACGGUAAUGAAUGGGGGUCUCUUUAUUUGCUGAUAAAAUGAUAUCUCGUUGAUUGGAAUAUACAGUUUUGAAGACUGUUCUCGGAGUAUUAUGCAAUAUAAUUUUGGCAACUUUCCUGUUCAUAAUUUUUUCCUUUUUCUCCUUACAAGAAGUUAAAGUUCUUUUUUUUUUUUCUCUUUCAUUGGCAGGCCUUUACCGGUGUAUUUGAAAACUGCAGAGUGGACUCUAAGCUAAUGUUCGCCUGUCUAUCAGCACUGAUGCAAAUGCUACUGCCUGUGUGUUUCUUUCUCGCAGUUCUUCCCAUGCUCAUAGCUGGACAUAGAAGUUUCGAAUUCAUAAUCAUUUUCCCAUCUUAUUCUGUUUAGAGACAUGUUCAAAGCGUUCAGUCAUCAAGCUUCAAUUCCGAAGAAAUGUUAUGCUAUCAGGUUGUUUGGCUGCGCAAGCUGCCAGAGGUUUUGCUACAACUAGGCGAUAAACAUCCUUCUGUAUCAAAGGUACGAUGCAAACCAAUUGUGGCGCAGGUUAUUGUCAUUGAUACUCUUUCAUGAACUCCCUUGCCCUUUAUCAAUUCUGUAGUAAGCACUUUGAUCAUUUAUUGAUCACUUUUGACUAUAUAAUCUUAGCACUACUUUUUUCUGUUUUUUAAUCAGCAACAAUUGACAGCAUUUCUGUGGAGUUUUAGACCGGUGACCUUGCUUCAAACAUCUCAUACAUCUGUCUGGACUAUCGAACAUGCAAAUCCGCCAUUUGAUGCCAACACCCAUCAAUCCUUAUCUUUAGUUGGGACAGAAGCGAGAGAGAAUGGGAUUAAAGGAAACAACAGGUGGCCCAUGUCAGAAAGCGAUGUACAAGGUGGAAACGGGAGAUCAGGGAUAGCAAAACGAAAGGAAAGUGAGGAAUGUGGUGUGCGGUAAUGGGAGUGGCGGGAUGGACCUGAGAGAACGAGGAUGGGGAAUGGAUCUCUGACAGUGGAACUGGCUGACGGGAAAGGAUGGGAAGGAAGGAUAAGGGGGAUGAAAGAUAGAUCAGGGACUGAGGAAGAGGAACAAAGCUGGUUCCAAGCCCCCAGCUAAAUGCUGCUGUGCUUUUUGAACUUGCCAAGAUAGUGGGGACAGUCUGACUGUAGCACUUCUCUGUCGAGUCAAAGGGUCAUGGGCAUGGGAUUGAUCUUCUCUGCGGCUCUUCAUUUUCUUUGAUUCUGAAUCUUGUCAAUAUGAGCACGAUUUUCAUGUUGUAUUUCAAAAAGUGUACUGACAAAGUUUUACAAAGUUUAUUUCUGGAAGAUUGUAAAUUUGAUGUUGAAAUUAUUCCAUUUCAGUUUUCCCUUCAGAAUAUUCUUAUAAAAAGUUCUUUUAUGCAGGUUAUUCUGGAGAUCCUACUGCGUGUUGGCCAGAGUUCCAUGCGUGACUCUCCUCUUGCCCUAGAGUAUGACAAUUUGCAGUUCACGUUGCGAGACUAUUAUAGUACAAAUGAUGACCAAGGUAUGCAUGGCAAUCUGUAUUUUACUUUUUAUGAUAUUAUUUCAUUUUCCUUCCUAUCCCCAUGGUAUCUACAUAGUACCCAUCCUAAUGGUUAACUGCAAGUCCUUGCUAUAUUCCCUUGAUAAAUCAGCUUUUCUUAGUAAAUAUGGCCUUCGCAUGAGUAACUUAUCUUUUUUUAAUAAUUUCCUUUGUUUGCAGGGGUGAAACAGUAUGGUCCUUUUGUCAAACUUCCAAAAGACUGCCAGGAUAUUGCUAUAUGCGGCAUAUAUUACUUCUCAAGUUUAAAUUUGCCAUUGCUUGAGUCAUUGGCCUUUUGUUGCUUAUGUGAGUAAAUAUCAUCGUUGACCUUCAUUUCUUCAUGUGAUGCCUGUUGAUCUGUUGUGGGAUGUAGAGAAUGUGCUAGAAAUGAUAUUUAGUUUAUCAAUAGCUCUACUCGCACUUUUUUUUUAUAAUAAAAAUCACACUGGAUCUCCCAUUAUUUUUUUCUCAACAUUAUUUUUAUUUUCAGUUCCUUUUCCACAUACUUCAAAUAGUUGUCCAAUCUAACCCAGAAUCGGAUGGUCUAGAUUAGCAUUUCCUGUAGCUGUCAAUUUCUUCUAAUUUCUUGUCAAAAUGCUAAGAUGGUAAUGAUAUGACUAUCAUUGGUUGUACCUGGUCACUGGUUUCCAUCUUACUGUUAACUUCUUUAACAUAUUAACAGGGUAUGAGAUAUUUCAGAUGAAUUGUGCAUAUUCUGCUUUUUAAGAGGGGGCUUGAGUUGUACUUGACCCAGGAAAAGUGAUAUACAGACUAUGGCUUGGCAAUAGUCCAAUUUGCCUGAUUGUGUUCCUCCCAAGUGGGACAUGCUGUCAGUAGUUCCUUAUGGGACUCGAGUCUUAGGGAUGGUUUCUGGGGCACCCUUGUUGGCCAUGAUCCUGAGAGACUCAAGGUGUCAGUCAACAUGCACGCUUUUCCAUUUCAGUGGUCGCAUUGCUUCUCUUUCAUUGCCAUUUUUAUGGAGCACUGAGUGCUGUAUUAAACAUUUUUGGAUCGUGUACCAUACACAUAGUUUGUUGGCUUAAUCUGGUAGAGACUUGCAGCAAGUUGUAUGAAUCUCUGCAAUUUGACUCGAACCUGUUCAGUUCCAGACUUCUGGCUUUCACUUGCAACCAUUGCUCAGCCACUGCAAAUCCCUUCCCACUGCCCAUCUCUAAAGAAGAAGAAGAAGAAGAAGAAGAAGAAAAAAGAAAUCUACUUGCAUCAGAUUGUCAUUUAACGUAAUUGCUUGCCUCUUAUCAUUGCCUCUUCCUCUCUUCUUGUCAAUCAUUGGAUUUGUUUUACUAUUAUGUUUCCCAGCUCCCGUGCUCACCACUUCCCUUAUGCUAAAUCAGUUCACUGUAGCCCAGGCCUCGUAAGGUUACUUGAUUUGUGACAGUCAAUGGAGUUAUUUAUUGUAUGGCAUAUGGUAUUUCUACAUUUUGGAAUUAGAUAUUCCAAGGGGAUAACUAAGUGUUUAAACCUUAUUGACCAACCUCUGAAUCAGAUACUUCAGAGGUUAGUCCCCGAGGUUGCCAUCCUGACUUGGGAAACCGAAGCAUAUCACCUGCAUUUGUGUUGAUGCACAGCACUGUGGUAGGUCCCCCUCUUUCCUGCGAAUCAGACGAGAAUGGACAUGCAAGCAGGAACGAAGAUAGAAUGGAUAAACACGGAAUGUCUGGGCUCUCACAGGAACCCUAGAACAGGUGGGAUCAUUCAAGAGGGCCUGUUCUCACUCAGCUAGAGCUGCCCUAGAAUACUCCUCGAUCCCCUUUCCCUCUAAGCCCUAAUACUUCUUUUCCUUGUGUAAGGAGAAGACCUAGCUUCCCUUCAUAAAUUCCUCACUUGAAGGGAUUGUUUGGUCCUUUCGAGAAGGGGUGCUGGGUCCUUUGGGCCUCAUUUCUAGGCUGAUAAUAGUUAGGCCCACUGGGGGGCUAACAGAUUGGAGUGAUGCCACCUUGUACCGUUAAUGCUGAUGCUGUGCUGAUGUACCGUCAAUGCUAUUCCAAUCUCAUAAUUUCCUUCAUGUUCUUCGUCUCUGGUACCCUUUUGCAUUGUCGCUACCAAUUUCGUCGGGGUUCUGAGAAAUUAUAGUUAUUUUGUGUGCUAUUUAAUUGGUGCACCUUUCUUGAUAAAGUUGGUGGCCUAUGCCACUCUACCCAUAUAUUUUAUAGUGGCCUAAACACUGUGGUACUGGAACAUAAAUUCCUCUUUGUAUCAUCAGUUGUCUUUGAUUUUUGCUUCUAUAGCUUCAUAUACUUUUUGGUAACGAAGUUUGCACUGUAUCCCUUGUUGUCCGUGCGUUUGAUUCUAGGUUCAUUUUUGUGUAAGAAUAUAUCUUUUCUGUCAUCCAUCACGUUGUUCUAUUUUUUGAUAUAGGUGAUGACUUGGAACCAACUGUACGAAUUAGGAUUCUGGAGGUUCUGCACUCAGCAUACAAAUCCGGACAUGUGAAACUCGCAGACCAUAUAGGCUUCUUGGUCACUAUAGUUGCACGCUUCAAAGUCUCUCCAGGUUUAUCUUUUCUUCUUUCUACUUCUUGGCUGGUUUUUUUCUUUUUUCAGUAUAUAGUUGUGGCGAUGAAUUGGCAGUUAUUUCCUUGUGCAGUUAGACUUGAGAAAGGAUAUUCCAAUCUGGUCCUGUGCUCUUAAGAUUUGACAUGAAGGCAAUAUGUGCUCUAAUGAGUUGUUGCCUUUUUUGUUUUCAGAUAAUCUCUGUAUGCCUUGACAGUAGCACAUCAUGCUCAUUGAAACCGACUAUUAAUCAUAACCUAGGAUAAUAAGCCAGUAAAACACGAGCAUAAUAAUUGAGAACUGCUCAUCAGUAUCUUGAGUCAUGCUAACUGUCACACAUGUAGGUUGAGAAUCAAGAGAAAAACUAUCUCGGUUGAUCCCACCAAUCGUUAUAAAUUUGUAUUUACCUGGUACUUGUGUGUGAUGGAUCAAGGGGCCAUUUUUCCCAUGUGGUAAACUCAUCCUCGUGCUUCUGUGGGAAUCUUUUGCUUGUUUGUGUUUUAUUGCAGGUUAUGUUUCCUUAGCCUCAUAUAUAAAGGAGCAUCUACUCUCUUGUACACAGUCAACCUCAUUUGACUUGGUAGAUUCUGUUCUACUAUAGAUGUCGAAUAUUCCAACUACAUGCAAAAUUUGUAGUAAUGUGUGCGUGAGUGUGAUACAGUACCUCUCAAGACAUAUGUUUGUCAUAAGCGAACAGUUUAGAACCUUCUGUACUGAAUAUUAGGGAAGGAGCGGGCUGAGUGGUAUAAAUACCCCCUUCCUGUGAAUAAGAGAGAGUAUCAUGGUAGAAGUGACACGAGAGAGGGAGAGGGGGGAAUUCUCUUGAACUAAUUCCCGUUUGUUACAUUGUCUUCUUUAUUUUCUUGAAUCUAUUGAGUCUUUUUCCCUUCUUUGUCUAAGAGGAGAGGAGGGGAUCGUAUCAACUAAUAUCAGAGUUAGAUGCAGAACAAUCCACUGUAGAAUCAAGGAAGCAUGGGAUGCAUUGAAGAUAGAUGCAUUGUAGAAUCAUGGAAGCAUGGGAUCAAGAUUUGCCAAAAAUCGACUGGAGGCAUUGAAGAUAGAUGCAGAACAUAUCAAGGAAGAACAACAACAUAAUAGGGAGGAACUACAGAAAUCAAAGUUUGAAUCGGCAAAUCUGCUACAAACGUUCCUUCAACGAAUGGAUGAGACGUUUGACGAAGUCAAGAACUCUGUCAGUGAAAAGCUCUUAGCAUUAGAAACGAAGGCUCCAACUGUAAGUAUAGCAUCUUGAUCGGUCUGGAAUUCUCCACAUAAUGAGCAAUAAGAGAGAAUCAAUCCACGACCAGAGGUACAAACGUUUGUGCCGACUCCAAAUCACAUUUCAGAUGAAAAUUGACAAAUAAAGAAAGGAGAUCUUAGAAUCUUUUAUGGAGGCAAUCUUGAAGGAUGGCUCCGAUGUGUAGAAUGAUAUUUUGGGAUCAACAAAAUACAAGAAGAAGAAUGAAUGGAAGUAAUCAGCUUAACUUGGAUGAUAUGGCUUUGAAAUGUUACAUUUGGAUGGAAGAUUGAUAUCUGUUCAAUAAUUGGAACUUCUAAAUCGGAAAACAUGUAUGACAGUUUCUUGAUUUUAAGCAAGGAAGAUUAAUAUUUGAUUAUAGAGAAGAAUUUGAACACAUAUUCAGUCCAAAUUAUCCAGAACUAAACCAGUGGAAUUAUUAAAAAUUAUGGACGCUUCAUUAAAAGCAGAGAAGCACACACAUUGUGCGAAGCAUGGCAUAUCAGUCUACCAAAAUAGACAAUAACAGAGACGCAUUCAAUAUUUGGCUAUACUAAGAACAAUAGGAUUGUCAGUGUCAAGAGAAAUUCAUGUACGAAACGAUAAGAGAAGGUUUGAUUCUCCCUGCAAGUCAACAACUCAACAUGAAACAAAGAAAAUAAGGGUAGAAGCCAUACCUUUCUAAGGUAGGCAGAGACAACAAAUUCAAUUAACAGAUGUUGAAGUUAAUAAACACAUGAUUAAGGGCUUAUGUUUCCAUUGUGAUGACAAAUAUGAGCCUGGUCAUCGUUGCAAUGAGGAAGAAACAUUACUUACUACAUAUGUAUCAUUGAAUUCGGUAGUUGAACUUGCACAAUUAGGAUCAAUGAGGUUAAAAGAAACCUUGCAAGCAUGGUAGAUUGUGGGCCCACACAUAAUUUUAUGUGUGAGUCUAUUGAAGGAACUUGGAUUACCUAUAAAUGAAUUCAUGAACUAUGAAAUCAUUAUGGGUAAUAAACACACAGUCAAAGGCUAUGGUAAUGCAAAGAUGUUACUUUACAAUUACAAGGAGUGACUAUUACUCAAGAUUUCUUGUCUUUGUAAUUGGGGAGGGCGGACCUCAUACAUGGCAUAUAAUGGUUAGAAACUAUAGGAUGGAUGCAUGUGAAUUGGUGGCUACUAAUCAUGAAAUUCGUGGUGGAUGAAAAAGUAAAAACUCUAAAAGGAGAUGCAAGUUUGUCAAAAGUUGUUAUUUCAUUGAAUGCUAUGGAAAAAUUAAUUAGGAAGAAAGAUUCAUUUGGUUGGAAUCAAGUCACUCAGAAUGCUUUUGAUCAACCUUGGAAUGCAAUUCCUACCACCCCAAAUCCUUAUCAUAGGUGGCUGGUCAAACUAAUGGGCUUAAAUUUUCAAAUCAGAUUUGAAGAAGGGAAGUAAAGUAAGGUAGCAGAUGUUUUGUCUCACUUCUGAAGUAUGAUAGAAUUAUAGAAAAUGUUGGUCUCACAUUUUCAACUGAUCAAUAUCAUUAAGAUCAAUGAGGAAAUAUCAUUAGAUCCAAGGGCAUUGGGGCCCUAGGAUCAUGUUCAACCACUUCCUCCAAAUUUAACACAGGAGCUUGAUUGGAGAAUGGUGCCAAAGUUAUGCCAAGCAGUUCAGCCCACAAUUGUAGGACCAGAGGUCCUCAUCAAAUGGGGAGGCCUACCAAAUUUUGAAGCUACAUGAGAAACAUCUUCAGAUAUUAUACAAUGGUUCCUUGACUUCCACCUCAAGGACAAGGUAGAUUUGAACGGGGGGAGUACUGAUACAGUACCCCUCAAGACAUGUUCAACAUAAGCAAACAAUCUAGAAGCUUCUAUGUAAACAUUAGGGAAGGAGCGGGCUGAGCAGUAUAAAUACCCCUUCCUUGUGAAUAAGAGGGCGUAUUGUGGUAGAAGUGAUAUGAGAGACGGAGAGUGGGGAAUUCUCUCAAACUAAUUCUUGCCUGUUACAUUGUUUUCUCUAUUUUCUUGAAUCUAUUGGUCUUUAUCCUUUCUUUUUCCAAGAGGAGGGGAUUGUAUCAAAGUGUCUUCUCUCUCUCUCUCUCGCUCUCUCUUUGUUGUCAAUUUUCUCUCUACAUCAUUAUAGGGCUUCAAAAAUUUGUGGUGAAUUUUCUUAUUUUUCUGUUUUAUCUUUAGGUUCCUUUGGCACAAUCCACAUGCAUCAGGUUAUUGUCAACUCAGAUCUUAGGAAAUCCCAGGAAAUCAAUCAACAAAUUUCGUUAUUACAUAAUAAGUGAGGGGGGGGGGAUUAGUUAAAUGUAAUUACUGUUUUAUCUGGGAUCACUUUGGUCCCUGGGCGAAUCUGAUGUUUCCAGGUGCUGGUAGGGCGAAUUAGAAGGCUAAAAGAGUCUACAAGUAGAUUUGGAAGAAGCUUUGGAAUAAAAGUAUCACGUUUUGUUGGUUAAGGCUUUAGUGGUUUCUAAGCUUAAACCGCCAGAAAUCACAUUCUUGAAUGGAACAGAGAGUAGAUGGAUUUCGGGAGAUUGAUCUUUGGAUUUCCUGAUUAUGUUGAUAAUAUUAAGUUGGAAUGAAAUGCAGGAAUUAUGGACCACGUGAGGAUACUGGUUCAAAUGGGUUCUGACAUGAGUUGAGUAAUAGAAGUAUGGAUAGGUCAGAGUUUUCAGGUUUGAUUUGUAUCAGAUCCUAACCAAGAAAGAGUGGAACAUGGUUGGGUAACGAUUGAAGGUUUCCUUUUCCGUCAUUAUCUGUAUGGGAAGACGACUUUUAUGUCUCAGUUCUUCUCUCAUGUCAGUUUUCUUUUAGAAUUUUCAAUAUUCCUGUUAUUUAUAUAUUAGAAGAGGUAAAUGUGAAAAUAAUCAGCCAAAAAUCUGUCUUCUUGUUGAUGUGACCACUAUUUUCCUUGCAGAGUUUCAUUUGGAUGGUGAAAAUCGAGGAAAGAUCUCAAAUCGUGAAACAUUCCGCUUAAUCUCUGAGGCAGUUUUCUCUUGCCUUUCUGAGAUGGGUGACCAUUCCUUGGUUUUGAGGUUAUUACAGAAAAUCACGCUCGAAGUGAUGGUGCUCACGUGACUACUCCUUUGUUUUCUUGACUUUUUAAGAAUAUUUAAAAGUUUUUUAACAAUACUGAAAAAGAUAAAUUAUUUUGAUUUUCAGUCCAUGAAACCACAUCUUGAUAACAUGCAAAGUAUGCUGAGGAUGAUCAUCCUGCUGGACUCUACAUUGUCGACAUUUGUGGAGGAGGCUAUUAGCACCCUUGGACAAAAUAUUGCCACUUACCUGAUUGAUGCUUCUUGUGUACGUUGUCAUUUAGUAGAACCUUGUAUCAGCAAGUCCUCUGUACGUCAUCUCAUAGUGUUAGAUUGAUUACUUAUGCGUAUCUGAAAUUACUUUUUGUGCAGUACAUGCCAGAUAAAAUCAAUGCUACUGGAGAUGACGAAGUGUUCCUCGUAUAUCAGUUCUAUGCCAGACCAUGUAUUGUUCUCUUCUUAAGGAGCGGCAGACUUUUGCACGAGGUUCUCAAAUCAUUGGCUAGUCCCAAUUACAAUUUUGAGCCAAAUAAAAUCCACGCUGUUGCUUCUACAAUUUUAUUUAUUCUAAAGAAUGAGAAGCUCCGUCGUAAUCUAUCUUCAAGUGAAGGAGCCAUAAAGAAUAUCUUGCAUAAUAUAUCCAUCCUACUGGUAAGAACUGAUUGUGUUGCCGGAGUAACAUCUCCUGCUUUGCAUUUGUUCCUUAAGUCUUAUGCUUAUGAAAUACAUGUAUUUUCCACAUGUACCCGAUAUUUAGGGAGUAUCCUGGUUAUAUUAGGUAAGCUACUUGGUGAAUGUCCUAAUUAGCCUAAUUAUAAUGACAUCCUCAACUUUUUGAUCCUGAUGAUAGUUUUCUUAUAGGAUUACUUGUCUUGUUGAAUACAUAAUGUGAAACCACCCGAAGGUUGUCAUGCAUAUUCUCUCUUUUGCUCGUAGAGCCUGGUCCGGAUUACUCUGAACUACGAGAAAAGCUUGGUUCGCAUUUCAGAAACAAACGGCUAAAAAAGAUCUGCUAUUCGUUACAUCAGUAGCUCGUGAACCUGGGAACUUUUGAAUUAUUAAUGUUUUACUGGUGGUAUAUUGAAUCCCCUGCACAGUUGAUUAUCCUUGAUGGAUCGUGCUCUUCUGAGAAGGUGGCAUUAAUUGAUAUCCUUGGUGGAUCGUGAUCUUCUGAAAACGAAAACUUAAAACUCCUUUGCGUUCAUUUUCAGCAUUAAUUGUGCACAUCAGUUUUGUUGAUAUCCUUUUUAGUACUAAAUGAUUUGCAUGUUCCUCUGGUUCUGUUGUUUUUUUCUUGAGUUCGUUAACUGCUGCAGCAAAGUUGUUCUUCGGACUAUCUUGCUGUUUUAUUUUGUUUAAGUUUCAUCAAAUUUUUUACCAUGAACUGACGAUGGCAAUUUGCAUAGUCCGAGAACAGAAACACCAUGGUCUUUGAAAAGAGGUGCAGUUUGCAAAAUGUGUUUCACCAACUGCAGAACGAAGCUUCUAUGAUUCAAAGGCUAGUGGAACGUGGACAGCGUGCCUGA